UUAAGCCAUAAUAACAGUUUUAUACAAUCCAUUGCAUCACUGUAGACAUUAAUGUAAUAUAAUUUUUUGAAAAGGGGUUUAGUAGCUUACUAUCCCUGCCACUUCGUUAUACAACAUAGCACACUUGUGGUAGACAGAAAUGACAAAAUGACGUUUAAUGUUCCAAAAUAUUCCACAAAUUUGUCAUUUUUAACAAAGUAUGAAUUUAAUUAGUUCAAGGAUUUCGUUCUGGAGGAAUAUAUUGUCAAAAAGAUUCUAUGGAGAUGCUUCAAAGAAAAAACUUGAAUGUGAGAAUAAAAAAGCGGCGGCGUCGGCACCAGCAGCGCCCAAAAAACCUAAAUUAAAAAAAUUUAAAAUAUACAGAUAUAAUCCAGAAGAUAAGGGCAAGAAGCCAACUAUGCAAACGUACACAAUUGAUUUAAAUGAUUGUAGACCCAUGAUAUUGGAUGCUCUGAAUAAAAUUAAAUCGGAACAAGAUUCAUCCUUAACAUACAGAAGGUCUUGUAGGGAAGGCAUAUGUGGAUCUUGCGGAAUGAACAUUGAUGGAAUAAAUAGACUUGCUUGUCUUUAUAAAAUUAAGCCCAAAGGAACGACUAAAAUAUACCCUCUACCGCAUAUGUACGUCAUCAAAGAUUUAGUGGUGGAUUUUAACAAAUUUCUCGAGCAACACAGUAGAAUUAAACCUUAUCUGAUACGAAAAUCUAAAGAACAACCGGGAACGACGCAGUAUCUCCAAAGCAUAAAGGACAGAGAAUCAUUGGAUGGUUAUAUAGAAUGCAUUUUAUGUGCCUGUUGUGCCACUUCCUGUCCUGAGUACUGGUGGCACGGUCACACCAAAAAGCCUAAUGACUUCUUGGGUCCCGCAGCCUUGCUGCAUGCCUACAGAUGGAUCAUGGACUCCAGAGAUCACGCUACGGCAGAUAGAAUAAAACAACUAACCAAUUAUUAUAAUAUAUACAGAUGCCACCAAAUUAACAACUGCACCAGUUGCUGUCCAAAAAGGUUAGCUCCAGGGGUAGCUAUCGCCAAUCUGAGGCUUUUGGUUGGUGGAUUCAAAAAGAAAAACAAACCGGACAUGGACGGAGCAGCACCAGCUGAACCUGAGAAGGCCUGUAAGGUUGAGGACGAAGACAAAUGUUCGUCGAAGUCAUAAACAUAUUUAUUUAUUUCAUUUUUUUUAAAUAUAUACAUUGCAAAAUA